AUGACAAUUUCUACUGAUUUGUUAAAUAUCUUACGAGGAUUUGUUUUAAUCGUCCUAUAUAUUAAUAUACAAAUUUUGCGUGUAAGUACAAAUGAAAUCGAACUGCGACGAUUAUUAUUUCAUAAACGAGCAUAUGAUCAAAAUGUUUGUCCCGAAGCAGGUGUUACUAAAGUUCAUACAAAUUUAAUUUUACUUCAAAUUGAAAGCGUCAAUGAAAAAGCACAGGUUGUCACAAGUAAUAUUCAAUUAACAUGUGCAUGGUGUGAUCCAUAUAUGUCAUGGAAUGCUUCUCGGUUUAAUAUAACUGAACUUUCAGUUGGUUCAGGUUAUUUAUGGACACCUGAUGUUGUUGUCGUUAAUUCAGCUGAUGGGAAAUAUUCGAGAAAUCGAGAAAAUUAUGCAAUCAUUCUUCGACAUGAUGGUUAUGUUCGAUUCAUGUUUCAAGAUCUAUGGAAAACCAUAUGUAAAGUUCGUUCAACAUAUUUUCCAUUUGAUCAACAACAUUGUACAAUAAUAAUUCGUAGUGGCUCACACGAUACUCAGUCGAUUAAAUUUAUUCAACGACGUCUUAUUCAAGGUCGUUCAUUUAUACGUGGUGAAUGGGAACUAGUUCAUUCUUAUACCGAGAUUACUGAUGAACGUGUAUCGGAUUUUGGUCAAGUUGAUUAUAGUCUUGUACGUUUUUCAUUAAUAUUAAAACGCAACCAUUUACAUUACUUAAUAAAAAUCAUAUUACCGUUUACACUUGUUUCAUUUGUAACAUUAUUUACAUUUUUACUACCACCGCAAUCCGGCGAAAAGUUAACAUUAAAUGUUACAAUAUUAUUAUCAUUAGUUAUUUAUUUACAAUUACUUAGUGAAUAUAUACCUAAAUCCGAUGAUGAAACUCCAAUAUUAACAUUAUUUUGUAAUGCAAACUUUUUUUUAGUUUUUCUAUCAUGCAUUAUGACUGUUUAUGUCCUAUAUUUAUAUCAUCGUCCAUCAACAUCACAUAUAGCAUGUGUACCAACAUAUAUGAAAAGAAUAUUACUCGAUCAUUUAAGUCCAUUUGUUUCUUGUAGCAUAAAUAAAUAUAGAAAGAAAAAAUCAUUAUCAAAAAGCGAGAUCAAAGAAAAUCAACCAAGACGUUUAAGUAGUAUUGAAAAGAAUAUAUGUCAUAUUUUUUCUAUAACACCUUCAGUCGUAACAUCUAACCAACAGGCUGUUGAAAUACUUCAAUGUUUACAACAAAUUAAAACAUAUAUACGUACACAAUGGUUAUUACCAUUACAAUCACAUAAUGAAUAUGACAUGGAUAAUCAUUUUUUAAAAAUUGAUAAUCAACAACGUUUACAUGAAUGGCAACUAGUUGCAUUAGUUCUUGAUCGAAUUUUCUUUAUAUUAUUUAUUAUUGCUAUGCCAUGUACGGCUUUAUUAUUUGUAUCAGCACAUUUGUCGGUUGCAAAUGAUUUGCGUUCAAAUUUAACAACUACUAAGUUACCAACAGUUGAUGCGAAAUGUGAUUUAUUAUAUAAACCUAUGAUAACAUAA